AUGGCGAGCGAGAAGUUAUCCCCCCAAAUCGAAGUCGCCAUAGUAGGAGCCGGGGUCUCAGGCCUGGCAGUAGCAAACGGCCUAAUGAACGAUCCCCACAAUCGCUUCAACAUCACAGUCUACGAACGCGACUCCGUUGCCUUUGACUCCGAGCGAGGCGGUUACCAACUCCGAAUCAGCAGCAACGGCAUCCACGCUCUUCGGAAGGUGUGCGAUGCCAAAACAUGGUCCGCACUCCAAGACAGGUGGGGAAACGAUCAAGCAAAAGCACCGGCAAUGGUUGACCCCAGCACUUUCAACAUCGUUCUACAUCUUUCGGGGCUGAUGUUGUACCCGCAGAGCCGGCCGAUUGCGAGGAAGGGCCUGAGGUGGACGUUGUUGCAGAAGCCGAUGAAUGAAGGCCGCAUCAUGUUUCAGCAUUAUUUGCAUUCUUUCGAGUAUCUUUCCGGCGGUGGUGUGGAACUGCACUUUGAGGACCAAGCGUCGAGAAGAGCAGACAUUUUGAUCGCCGCGGAUGGAAGCAGUAGUCGCAUCAAUCGACAGAUUGGACUGAACAACAAAGUCAAGAUGAAAGCCUGGACAUCGAUCCAGGGCCAAGGACUUAUCGACAAGAGUACCGCACGGGAGAAGUUACCCAAGACGCUGAACGAGAUUGGAUCCGUUAUUCACAUGGCCGGUGACAAGAUUGCGGGCUUUGCCUCCAUUUACGAUGCCGCUUCUGGGGAGGCCACGUCCAAGAAAUCGGCUGCAUCGAGUGUCUUCUGGAGUGUUCUGGUGCCGAAUGCGGUAGGAGGGAAGAUUAUCGACCGGAGUGGUGGUAGCGUGAGCGACGAAGAUGUCAUUGACCGACUGCUCGAAUACCUCGGGCAUGACCUAGGCUUCACAGAGGCUCUCCCCUCUGUGAGAUCUGCGUCGCGGUGGGCCCUCCGUGCAGGCCUUGUCACGAGUUCCUUCAAGCCGGAGGGCGACUGGCGAGGAGGUGAUCGUGAGAAAUUCCGUGUGAUUGUUCUUGGGGAUGCUCUUCAUCCCAUGACGCCAGGUACAUUCAUUCCUUCUCACAUCCAUUUUGGUGCCAUUGCUGACAUUUCAAAGGCCGCAGAAUGGGAGCGAACACAGCUCUCACGGACGCGGGCAAUCUGGUCGAUGUGCUCAAAUCCGCAACGUUCCCCCCCGAUAAACCAUUAGAUGAUGACCUUGCGUCAAUUGUCAAGCCCUUCGACGCGGAGAUGUAUACCAGAGCCUUCAAGAUGGUCUAA